CUGAACCAAACCUCCAAAGUCAACCGGUUCUCGAGAGUUCGAAUACGUUCAGUUUUUUGAGUGAGAAGAUAAAUAACAUACGUAAACAAAUAAUUUUAGAUACUUGUUUAGCAAAGGUUCAAGAAAAAAAAGCUUGAUCUCCUCCUGCACGCUAGAAUUGAACCAGUUAUUAUAUGAAAAAAUGCAGCUGAAUACUCUUAAGGCCAGACUGCUACCUGUUCUGCGUUAUCGGGUCAGCGCAACAACGUCCAGGUCGUUGUAUAUUAGUAGCAGACCUCAAACAAGGCUGAGUCGAGGUUCAGCAAUUGCUCAGCAACUAGCCUCUGAACGAUCGAGGCUACCAAUUUCCCUUGGUUACCUUAGAGGAAACUUGAGGGAAUGUCGACUGAGUGCUGCAGCCGUCACCCUCAGGACAUUCUCGACUCAAAGUCCAUCUGAUACAGAUCCACCAGAGAAUGAUGAAGCUCUUCCUCAAUCAAAAGACUUUCCAGCAUCAGUACCAGCAACAGUUGUUGUGCCAGAAGUAUGGCCUUAUGUUCCAGUAAUUGCAAUCAGCCGCAAUCCAGUUUUUCCAAGAUUCAUAAAAUUGAUUGAACUCUCUAAUCCUAUUCUGAUUGAUUUGAUAAGGCGUAAAGUCAAGUUGAAUCAACCUUAUGCAGGAAUCUUUUUGAAGAAAAGUGAAGAUAACGAGGCUGAAAUCGUGGAAAAUAUUGAUGAUGUUUAUUCUAUUGGAACUUUUGCACAAAUCCUUGAAGUUCAAGAUUUAGGAGAUCGUUUGAGGAUUGUGGUGAUGGCUCACAGAAGAAUCAAAAUCAUUGGACAGAUGAUUGAGGAUGAAGCUCCAAAACCAAUUGAUAGGAUGAAAUUGACGUUUCCUCUAUAUAAUACAACAAUUAACGUCCCUGUAGACGACACAGUGGCUGGAAGUAAAAAGAGUCGAAGGGAGCAAAGGCGUAAAAAAUUCGAAAACCGAAUAAAUGAGCAGGCUGCAGAAAAAAUUCCGAAAAUAGUUCCUGUGGCUGUGGAUGAAAAACCAGUUGAGACACCUGCUGCAACUGAUGAAGUUAUUCAACAGGCUACAGAGACAGCUGUGGAUUCAGCUGAUAAUAAGGAGAAAUCUACUCAGCAUGUACUUAUGGCUGAAGUUGUUAAUGUAACUCAUGACAAGUUCCGACAAACUGAAGAAAUCAAGGCCUUGACUCAAGAGGUUAUCAAGACAAUAAGAGAUAUUAUAAGUAUGAAUUCCCUGUAUAGAGAGUCACUUCAACAAAUGCUGCAUCAAGGACAAAGAGUUGUAGAUAAUCCGGUGUACUUAAGCGAUCUUGGAGCAGCACUGACUGGAGGAGAUGCACGUGAGCUGCAAGAAGUUUUAGAAGAAAUGGAUAUAACUAACAGGUUAAGAUUAUCUCUUGCUCUUUUGAAAAAAGAAUAUGAGUUGACCAAGCUCCAGCAAAAAAUCGGUAAAGAAGUUGAGGAAAAAGUCAAGCAGCAACAUCGAAAAUACAUUUUGCAUGAACAGUUGAGAGCCAUCAAACGAGAAUUAGGUUUGGAAAAGGACGAUAAAGACGCUAUUAUUGAAAAGUAUCGGGAAAGAAUCAAGGAUAAAAUUGUUCCAAAGGCAGUUAUGGAAGUGAUUGAGGAAGAACUAAACAAAUUUAACGUUCUUGAAAAUCACAGUAGUGAAUACAAUGUUUCAAGAAAUUAUCUUGAUUGGCUAACAUCAAUGCCAUGGGGUGUGACGAACCCCGAAAAUAUGGAUCUUGAAAGAGCCAAUACAAUUUUAGAUGAAGAUCACUAUGGAAUGGAAGAUGUAAAGGAAAGAAUAAAAGAAUUCAUAUCGGUCAGCCAAUUUAAAGGGUCAACUCAAGGAAAAAUACUCUGUUUCCACGGUCCACCAGGUGUGGGAAAAACGUCGAUAGCAAAAUCGAUAUCUCGAGCUUUGAACAGAGAAUACUUUCGAUUUAGCGUUGGUGGUAUGACUGACAUUGCAGAAAUCAAGGGCCAUCGGAGAACAUAUGUAGGAGCUAUGCCGGGCAAGAUUAUUCAGUGUAUGAAGAAAUGCAAGACCGAGAACCCAUUGGUUCUGAUUGAUGAGGUCGACAAAAUUGGCAAGGGUCAUCAAGGUGAUCCAGCCUCCGCUCUCUUGGAAAUGCUCGACCCUGAACAGAACAAUGGCUUCCUUGAUCACUAUCUUGACGUUCCAGUUGACCUUUCCAAAGUACUUUUUAUUUGUACAGCCAAUAUAAUCGACACGAUACCCGAGCCUUUGCGCGACCGUAUGGAAAUGAUUGAGAUGUCGGGCUACGUAGCUGAAGAGAAACUAUCAAUUGCCAAACAAUACCUUGUACCUCAGUCAAUGAAAGAUUCUGGACUGUCGGAUGAAUGGGUGCGCAUUGAGGACAGUGCAUUGAAUAAGCUGAUAAAGUUCUACUGUCGUGAAUCAGGUGUGAGGAACUUGCGCAAGCAUAUCGAAAAAGUGCAUCGGAAAGUCGCUCAUAAGCUUGUAAAAAAAGAGGCAGAUAAGUUUAAUAUUGGUGGUGAAAAUUUAUCAGACUUUGUGGGCAAGCCCUUGUUCACCCAUGAUAGAAUGUACGAAAUAACUCCUCCGGGAGUUGUGAUGGGUUUAGCCUGGACAGCUAUGGGCGGUUCCACGCUAUUUGUUGAGACAGCCAUGAGCAAGCCUGGGGGCAAAAAAAAUGAGGGAUCUGUGGAGGUAACGGGACAUCUUGGUGAUGUAAUGAAAGAAUCAACUCGAGUAGCUUUAGUAGUGGCUAGAAACUUCUUGCAUAAAAUCGACCCUGCAAACACAAUACUUUUUGACGAACACUUACAUUUGCAUUUUCCUGAAGGCGCGACACCUAAAGAUGGUCCUAGUGCUGGUUCAACUAUUGCCACUGCCUUGAUAUCGUAUGCCACAAAUAAAGCAGUACGUCCAAGUGUUGCCAUGACUGGUGAGCUCAGUACUUUGGGCAAGGUCUUACCAGUUGGUGGUAUCAAAGAAAAGACAAUUGCUGCCAAGCGAGUGGGUGUUAACUGUAUUAUACUACCAGAUGAAAAUCGGAAAGACUUUGAGGAUUUACCAAAAUAUAUAACAGAUGGUCUGGAAGUUCACUUUGCUAGUAGUUACAAAGAUAUUUAUAGGAUAUGUUUUGAGGAAGAAACUAGCUCAAAAGUCUCUGAACAUCAAAACGACGAGUUUACUACAACUUAUGAAUCUAAGCUACAAGCACCACUACAUGCUUAAUUUUUUUUUACUCUUAAGCACGUUCGUUAGUAAAUUUUAGUCAUUUGAAGCUUUUUUCUGUUUAUACUGCGCGUUAUAGAAUACAACUUGAUUUUUUAUACUUAUGAACUUAAAAUGUAUGAACCAGUUGAUGCAUUUCCGAUAAUUUUUAUUUACUUAUUCGAUUUACCAAAACUUUACGAGUCAAAUCAACAAUUAUUAAAUUAUUAAUUUAAAGAGAGAUUUCCUUAAAAUUCAAAUACGCAUGCACAAACUAAAUGACAAAGUAAAAGAUGUGUAUUUUUGAAUAGUAUAUAAUCGUAUAUAUGUCGCGUUAAAGAGUUAAACUUUGUAAAUAUGUACAAAGACCAAUGUCCUUAGACCCAUUUGUUACUGCGUUAAAGUGUCACUCUAUUUUAAGUACUGAAUUAUUAUAACUAAUUUGGAAGACCUUGAGCUUUGUACAAAAUAAAAUAAAGUUAUCCUAACUAUA